UGAUAACCAAUUAAUUAUUCUCGAGAUUAUGCAAAAACUAAUUGAGCUCAAAUUAAAGAAUAUAAAUGAUCAGGAUGCUCCAUCUCCAUUAGUUGGUGUGGCGAUUUUACCCUUAUUCCAAGUGAUUUCUGAUGUGGAAAAGAGUGCUACAAGGAAUAUUGCUAUGGAAAUACUUUUGAUGGUUCAAAAAUUUCAAACAAUACAAUACACGCCCUUGGAAUUUAAUGAGGUAUCCAUUCUGCUCAAGUCACCAUGUAUCACUGGAACAAUAACAUUAAUAUUAUCCGAAAUAAAUUGUCUUUUGAAUUCUUAUUCUUCACCCUCCUCAUAUGAAUUUAAAAAUUCUGAUUCUUAUUUUUCUACACUAUUUUAUAUACCUUAUUUAUUUCAUCACGAUGUUGCCACAAGAAUUUUAGCUUUAAAUUAUUUGAUUUCAAUAAUUAAUAAUGAUUUUGCUUUGAUUCAAACACAAAAAUUUCCUAUUUUUCUGUUGUUUCUUUAUGUUUUACGUAAUGAUGGUGACACUUUGGUUCACCUUCAUAUUUUACACCAUGCCUUACCUUCAUUGAUUUCAACUACAGAUCCAACUAUUACUGCAAAAAUUUUGAAAAUUACUAUGGGUCUUGUUCAAGGACAGGAAAUAAAAAAAGAAACAAAUUUAAACGCAGUUGGUAUCAGAAUGUUAUAUAAACUCUGGUCGAGGCAAAGAAGAUGUUGGAAACAAUUACGAUUCAUAUUAUCAGAAUGGACAAAGAAGAGAAAAUUAGACACCUCUGCAUAUGAUGAUACUAAAUGUGAAAGAUUUGAAAUUGAGUUGGCAGCUUUAUUGACUAUUAGAGACAUUUGUAAAUCCAAAGGGAGAGAUUAUGCCGAAGAAUUGCUUCCUUUCAUAUCAAGUUUACUUCAAUCUGUAAUCUUACAUCCAAAGAGCUUAUAUUUGGUCAUAGAAGCACUAAAUGCUUGUGUAGAGGCCAAAGUAGUAGAAACCAGAGCAGUUUGGAUCGUAUUAAUGUCUUAUAUUGCUGAUGCCAUUACGCAAGCUAAUCCUUUAAAUAUAAAUUUAAUCUCGAAAUUAUGCGAGUUUUACAAGUUAGUUGUACAGCAUGACGAUGACACUAUCGUUUACAAUGAAUUCAAGCAGAAUAUAUUAGAAUCAAACUUGUGUCCACUCAUAUUUCCUCAAAAACCUCUUUAUACUUCAGAGCCAGAUCAAGAAGUUCUUGUUGAUGAUUCUAUAGUGUUUAAAAUUCAACAAAAUUAUCGGAUCCUUAAACAUGGUCUUAUUGCCAUUUCACAAUUUAAUGCAACUGAUAUUUUGUCAGUCUUUCCUGUAUCAUCCGAAACAUUGCUAUCUCAAAUUUUUAAUUCAAAUGAGAGAUCUUGGAAUUUGAGCCAAGUUGAAGAAUGGCAAUUUGUAUUAAGCAAGAUUAUUUCCCAAGAAGUUUAUAAUAUGAGGCGGAAUCUAUUAAGGGGCGUCUCUGUUGAAGCUAGCAGUGGUGGUAAAUCGGCCACUUCGACAUCUGACAAUACCAGUGUCUUUCAAAGUAGAAAGGAAAAAGUUGAAUCUAUUGCUACAAAAAUUGUGAAUGAAUGGGAAAUAGGUUUAGUCAGCCCGGGUUUACGAGCUGGAUAUGCAUUGGCCUCAUUGAUCUGGUUUAAUCCACAAAUGGAUAAUUCUAAUAAAUCAAGAUCACAAACUUUGAAUGAAAUAAAAGAUCUCAAAACAACAAGAUUUUAUAAGCUGAUGGCAAAUGCUAUUCAAGAUAUUAAUCUAACUGAUCAUUGGGUAAUAAGAUUAGGCAUUGUAACGAAUUGGUGCAAUUUUUUUGAAAAAGGAUUGCGAGAAUUGUUAUAUACUACUUCAGAAAGUGAAGAGGAAGCCAUAAAAGUUUUGAUAGAAGAUUUAAUGAAGCGACUAGAUGAUGCAAGGUUCCCUUAUGCUUGUCAAAAUAUAAUUCUAGCUCUUACAGGAUUAUGUCUCUCACUCAAAUCGUUAAAUGUAUCAUCAACUCAACAAUAUGCUACAACAACGUUACGUCACUUUUUGGACUAUUAUUUUGUUGACGCAAAUUUGGCUGUCAAACGUCAAUAUGAGCAUCAACAUCAAGAUUCAAGCCUUAUCACUAGCGAUGACGUUCAAUUUGCCGUCGCAAUGGCUUUAGGAUAUUUAUCCACAUUAACAAUUAUGAAUGAAAAAUUGGUACAGGAAGUGGUCGAUACUUUAGUCACAAAGUUAAGUGAAGAUAAAACUUCUACAACAGGAUGGGCUUUAUUUGGUGCAGGAUAUUCACUUGGAACACUUUUAUCAUAUCUUGCUUCAUUUCCAAUGAAAACGUCUUUAAUGUCAAAUAUUUGUUCACAAACGGUGUCAUUUCUUUAUGAUUUCAUUUCAAGUACAUCUUUAGAUAAUUUAGGGGCAACUAAUUCAUACUUGGGUGUUAUGAUUGGAUUGUCAAAUAUUGAUUGUGAUGAUGAACCUGAAACCGAACGAAUAUAUCAGAUGGCGUUAUCCGAUUUAAAGAAAUUUGUCGAGAAUAAUGGAAAAGUUGAUGAAAAUAUUAAAAGUAGGAUUGCUGGAUCCGCAUGGUUUGUCAGUUUUUCAAGAGGUAAAGGUCUUAAUGAAGAAAUUAUAGAGAUUUUAGAAAAAGCAACAAAAAUUUCAGGCGCUAGAGUAAAUAUUCUCCAAGUCAAACAAUCAUCGCAUAACUUGUCAUCAUUUAAUGCAAAUAUAAAUUCAUGCACUCACACGCUUACAACAGCUGGUACAAGUUCAUCAAAACGGCAUACUGCUUUAAUAACAAUAGGAUCACUUGCAGGUGUUGACUACUUUUCGCUUCCAUAUCAUGCAAGAAAUAGAAAUUUUUAUUUCUUUUCAUCAGCAUCUUCUGCUAUUGUUACGCAAGUUUUGAAUACAUUACAGAAUGUUGCCGAACUUGGAUCACAAGCUUCAUCUUCAGAAAUGACUAUGAGUGAUGUUAAAGGUGGAAGAUUAGCUGUAAUUAUUUUGGGACAAUUAAUGCAGGUUAUUGAAAGAAUAUCUGAAGAUACUGCAAUGCUUGUUGGUGAUUCUGCAAGGUCUAUUACAAGUAGUACUGAGCCUAAAGACUAUUCCAGAUUACCUUCUUCGAGUUAUUUGAAAUCUAUGUUUGAUCGGCUCGUAUGGAUUUCAUUAGAGAGUCCACCACCUGAUUCGUCUAUUGAAGCGGCGAGUUUGAUAAUUUCUACAUUCUCUAAAAUAAGCACUAUACUUCCACCAGUAAACUGGUUUCCUCUUUUUGUCCGAUUCAAUGAACCUGCUUUUAUGAAAUUUAAUUUAAGAUAUCAAAUCGUUACAAUGGCAAUACAACAUUGUUCUCGUUCUGUAUCAUUAAUGGAAUUCCUUGUACACAUAUUAAUUGAAUUCCCAAUUAUAAAUUCAGAUAGUAAUGUCGAUAUAAAAUUUAAAACUUUUCUUAUUUGUGAAGGACUUGGAAAAAUUCUUGAAUUAUGUGGAUUUGAAAAAAUUACUCAAACAAUUAAAGAAACUGAUGACAAACAAUCUACUCAAAUGCGAGGAGUGGAAAGUAUUGCAAAAAAAGUAGUAGUACCAAAUUCUCGAGUAAUAGAUAUUGUCGAUAAAAUGACAUCUUGUUUAUUUGGCAAUUCAAUUAAUCCCGAAAAUGAG